AGUUCCUCAUUACAACUUCUAACAACAGUUGCGCUGCCAGCUUUUGGUACAGAAUAGCAUAGUCUACAUUCAAAUAUCUGCUCGAAUCUCCUGUAUUACCAUGUCUGUACCACCGCAGCUAAUUCGCGUGAAGCGAAAGGCCACAGAGGAGGCCCCAGUCUCUUUUCUUCGUGUCCAGGAGAACAAGAGGCACCGGAGCGAAGCCUUUGUGUAUCAAAGACAACAAGAGCGAGCUAAUUCUGCCGAGAACAUUCCAUCCGAAUCGCACAAACCAAUCAUUCAUACCUCUCACCCGCACUCGAAGACCCCGGCAUUCCAAAGCCCCAAGACAUCAGACACUAUCGUCAAUGAUGGGUCCAGCGAUAAUGAGACUACCAGCGAAUCUUCCAAGUCCGCGAGCCCUGUUAAUACCCCUUCUGAGCCUCGAAGAUUUCACAUGUCGAGAAAAGAUAUAAUGCUCGCGACGGCUUCUCAGCCCGGCCGAUCUCAUGGAGGCGUCUCGAAGAAACGUUCUGCACCUGCGUUAUUCGUGGAACGCAAGAUUAAAAGAAUCUCGUCUAGACCCCUUGAAAAGUUUCAAGCUAUUACCAAUGCUGCCAGUCAAAUACCCGGACCAGCACCUACCGCAACGGAGGACAUGGAAAUUGACAAACCAGAGCCUCGCAAGCUCAAGAAGCCGGGUGUAGCAAAGCUUGCAAAGAAGCAAGAUGGGGAAAAGUACAAAGCCGACCUCCCGCAAUCCAUAACCGAACGAUGGAACGUAGAUAUAGACAAGUUAACGGCUGAGCUGGAUGCAUACACAAUGGAGCAAAUUGGUCUGAACCUCCAGAAGGCCGAAGAGGAGAAGCGACAGCAACGCUCCACUGCCAGCCAACACAGAUUCAGGCCCAAACCGAUCAAGCGAUAUGCAGAACGACACCCUGGGGAGAUACAAGCCCCGGCGGACAAGGAUAUGAUGGAUACGGAUGCUGAUAUCAGCGACAGUGAUAGUGACUACAUUAUCGAAACCUACGAACGUGUACCUGCAAGCAAGAUGGGAGAGCACGUGCCUCCACACAGCGUUGGACUCCUCGUGUUUGACGAAGAGCCUGAUAUGGAAUACUUUUAUGGAGAGGAUGAUAAUAGUGAAGACGAAUGGGCCGAGGACGAGGAGGACGAAAACGCCGAGAAUUAUUACGCAGCGGACUACCCCGAUGAGGAAGUUGCUUCGGAUGAUGAGUUCGAUAAGAAUCCAUAUUCUUUCCGAACCGGCAACGCCUCAGAUCUCGAGGAGUAUGAUCUAGAUGAAGAUGACGGCGAUGCGGCUUUUACCGAUAAGGACGAGGCAAGCAGAUUCGCUGCGUACAUUAGUCGUCCUCGGGAUAGGUUCAUGGCAAACCAACUGUAAAAAGUGCUAUUACGAAAUCUCGAUAUCAUCGUUACCUACCGCGCGGCUAGUCUACGAAGCACAUUAUUAAUUUGUGCCAACAUCUAUGAAUGGCUGGUUUUUAUUGAACGGGUUGGUCUACAGCCCGGCCCGGUAUUCUAGCAUAG